UCUGUGCGCGCUGAUAAGUUUGUGGUAAAUGCAACGAACGAAAAGGAAUCAUUCGUCUGCUUAAUCGUGCAUCGCCAUUGAAAUCGCAACACGAUGUGUUACAUCAAGCGCGUGUCAUCAGAAAUUUUAUGAUCAAUAGUUGCCGUGAAUAUCAAAAUGAACGACCAACUUUUCAAGCUAAUUCUAUUCUUCGCGACUUUCCAAUCGCUGUCGUGUUUUCAACUGGGCACACAGGAAUAUGGAAAUGCAAAAGUCGGCGAGAGAUGCGAGAGAGACCGCAAUUGCAUUCAACAUGCAUUUUGUCUUACACAUAUGACUUGUCAGUGCGACCAAUAUUACUCGCCUACUCCUGAUAAAUCGAUGUGCAUCGCUAGUGCCGGAUUGACAUGCACGGAUGAUUCGGUAUGUGCAACGAUGUCGAACGCAGUGUGUAGACAAGGAAUAUGCGCAUGCAAAGAUUCGUAUAUUUUAGAUAUAAAUAAUUCUUCAAACUGUAUCGUUAGGCCAUUAGUAGUGGGUGAUCUUUGUCAAAGGACCGAUGAGUGUCAGGACACGUUUGAUCGUGCCAUGUGCAUCAAUGGACGCUGCCAAUGUAUCACGUCUUAUCAUUUCGUCAAUGAAACGGGGAAAUGUAUUCAGACACGAUUUUUAUACAAUUUAUGUACAGAAGAUUACGAAUGUGUAGACUUCGAUCACAAAAAUGUCCUUGAAUGCAAGGACGGUCAAUGUGUUUGCAAAAACGGACAAGAAACUUGUAGCAGAGGUGCUACGCUCACUUCUAUUGGAAUUUUUGUGGUGCUCUUACCUUUUAUAUAUUGACUGAUUUAACAAAUAGACGUCAUCUUUCUAAACAAA